CACCUAGCUAGCUAGCUGCACAUCAAACCUUAUUAAGGGUUAUCAACCCUUAAUUAAUUAUAUCUAGCUGGCUGGCUGCUCAUCAAAGCUUAUUAGGGUUAUUAACCCUUAAUAAAUUCCUACAUCCAUAAAACGUUGGUCUAAAGGCCGGGUUCGAUCUCCAUAUAUAAAUAUUUCAAUACAUACAUAAAAAUGGAUAUCAAUAAUAAAAAGACUCUAGGAUUAUCAAUCCUCGCCCUUUUUGUGGUGGUGGUUGUCGUUUCCGCGGCCGUUUUUGUGACACAAAAAGAGGAAACCUCGGCGGCUGAUCAUAGCAGUGGGACCAAUAUGUCAUCGUCAACCAAAGCUGUGGAAGCGGUGUGCAAGCCAACAUUACACAAGGAGGUGUGCAUGGCCAAGCUCUCUUCCGCUAGUAACAGCACCGACACCAAGGAUCUCAUUGAAGUCGCUUUCAACGUCACGGUCCAAGAGAUAUCCGACGUCAUGGCUAAGUCUAAGCUCCUCCGUAAUGCCGCAAAAGAUCCUCGGACCUCCAAAGCCUUCGAAGUCUGUCAUGAUCUUUUAGAAGACUCCAUUGAUGACAUCAAGCGUGCCUUGGAUAGACUCACAGACUAUGCCUCGGCUGCUACGAAUCUCGAGCUCUUCAUGAAUGACAUUAAGAUUUGGCUCAGUGGUGCAUUAACAUUCGAGAACACUUGCCUUGACGGAUUCCUGGGCACAGAAGGUGACAGUGGUGAUAAGAUGAAAGAGCUAUUGGUAACCGCUCAGCAGCUCACAGGCAAUACCUUGGAAAUGGUUGAUGAGAUUCAUCAGGUGUUGAUGGCACUGGAUAUUCAAGGUCUUAACCGAAAACUGUUGGUUGUGAACAAUAAUAAGCAGCCAAAGAUCUUGUCUGCACCUUGGUGGACAAGCGACGAUGAUGCGACCCAAAGGCGCAGUAUGCUUCUCGAAGCUGGUUCUGAUUAUUAUAAGGUGGCCGAUGUUAUUGUCGCUAAAGAUGGAUCAGGGAAAUACACGACAAUCAAUGAGGCACUAAAUGAUAUCCCACUCGAAAGCACAAAACCUUUCGUCAUAUACAUUAAAUAUGGCGUCUACGUCGAACAUGUCGUUCUUGACAAGAAGAUGACAAAUGUGGUUUUUGUGGGAGAUGGUCCCACAAUGACUAAGAUCUCCGGAGACAGAAGUUAUGUUGGUGGUUACCAGACUAGUGAAACCGCAACGCUCACAAUCAAGGGUGAUGGUUUCAUUGGAAAGGACAUAGGCGUUGAGAACACUGCCGGCCCUAGCAGCCAUCAGGCCGUCGCUCUCCGAGUCCAGGCUGAUCGUGCGAUGUUCUUUAACUGCCAAAUCGACGGCAACCAAGACACCCUCUACGUCCACGCCCAUCGACAGUUCUACCGGGACUGUACCAUCACCGGGACCAUUGACUUCAUCUUCGGCAAUGCUGCUGCCGUCUUCCAGAACUGCAGCCUCAUCAUCAGGCGUCCCCUCGUCACCGACGGUUCAGGCCAAUCCUGCAUGGUCACGGCUCAAGGAAGGUCACAGGCAGACGAGCCCACCGGAAUCGUGAUUGUCGACUCCUCCAUCACCGCAUCGCCGGAGUACUUGAGCUCCACGACCCCAAUCGUGUCGUUCCUUGGACGGCCGUGGAGGCAAUACGCAAGGGUAGUGAUGAUGAAUACGCAAAUCGAUGUGCACAUAUCUCCGGAGGGGUGGGCCCCGUUCCAAGGGACGUUUGGGCUGGAAGACUGUUGGUACGGAGAGUUCGGGAAUAGCGGAGAGGGAGCGGACGUGGGCGGGAGAGCCAAGUGGGCUGGUGUAACAGGUGCAAUUACGGAAGGAAAGGAAGAACUGAAGGAUGGGACCCAAGAGGACAAACAAGUGGCAAAUAACGGAGGAAAAAGGCGGAGCACUCGUAAUAAAAUAACUAACACUAUGCUAAAUGAUUUUGUGUGGUCCCAUAAGUAGUAUAAAUA